CUUAUCACAUAUGUCAAGCAUUUCAGCAUUAUUUCGGGAGGCUUCGAGUCUCUCCAAAACGAUUCCGUUUACAUGGAUAAAGUGUCUUUGCUUUUAGGAUAGAGAACUUAAACGAAUGCUUAAAAGAGAUAAGGAUUACAUCAUGUCGAAGAAGAUUAUUUGCUUGUUUGAUGUGGAUGGCACACUCACUAAACCACGGCAGCCAAUUAGUCCUACCAUUGAAAAGUUUCUUCUAGAAACUGUAAAGAAAGAGUUUGACAUUGCAGUGAUAGGAGGUUCUGAUUUAAACAAGAUUCAAGAACAACUAGGUGGUGGAAACCUCUUUGAAAAAUAUGAAUAUGUCUUCGCCGAAAAUGGUGUUAUCGCCUUCAAGAAUGGCAAAGCUUUGCCUUCACAAUCAAUUCAAGAUAUGCUCGGGGAGGAUUCUCUGCAAGAUUUUAUAAAUUUUGUCUUGCGAUAUAUAUCCGAGCUGAAACUGCCAUUCAAGCGUGGAACAUUUAUCGAAUUCCGUACAGGUAUGAUAAACGUUACACCAGUAGGACGUAAUUGCAGCAAAAAAGAACGUGAACAAUUUUAUGAAUAUGACAAUGAACAUCAUAUCCGAGAAAAAUUUAUACAAGUUCUGAAAAAGGAAUUUCCUGAUUUGGGUUUGACUUAUAGUAUCGGGGGACAGAUAUCUUUUGAUGUUUAUCCUAUUGGUUGGGAUAAAACAUAUUGCUUGCGUCAUAUUCAGGGAUAUGACGAAAUACACUUCUUUGGUGACAAAACAGCCGAAGGUGGGAACGAUUAUGAGAUUUAUGAGAGCGAUUUGACAAUAGGACACCGUGUCACUUGUCCCAAAGACACCAUGAACCAAUUAAAUGUCCUUUUGACUCUCAUAAAAGAGAACAGGGAGAAAGAACAGCUCAAUGUUCCGUUGCAAUGCAUAUAAUAUUUAAGGCCUGAUAACAUAGUAAUUUUCUAGAUUGAUAUAUAUUUAUAUCAGUCUAAUUGAUAUAAUGUUAUUGUACAAUAGAUUCAUUUUAUAAUAUAUUUCAUUCUUUAUUUUUCAUUAAUUGUUACAUUCUUGAUGAUGGAAGGUAAUUUGUAAAACUUAUAGUUUCCAAGUAAAAUUUCUUCAGUACCAAUUCUAAGCACAACUGUUCUCAUGCACACUUAAAAAUUUGUACAUAUGCUCUUUUCUGAUAGUUUUACGACCUUGAUAUACACACAAGUCAUAAAUGUUCAAUAAAAAUAUUAUUGGCAUUAUAAA